GCAGCUUUCUGCAACAUCUGCUCGCCCAACUCUGGCCUCAGCCCAUUCUAUAGAAUGCCUGCCAGGGGUUGAGGUUAUGAAUAGCCGGUCCGACACAGCCCUCAGUCGGGGAAAGCAGCCUGGUGCAUCAUUAGUUACGUUUGCUUGAGCCUCAGCCUUGUCCAUGUUCACCCAAAAUACUUUUCUUCAGAGCACCUCUCCUGUUGGUUCAACGCAAGCGGAUAAUAGACAAACAUAGUGGUCGCUACAUAACGCAUUAUCGAGGCCUUUCCAGUCACAAUUCUUUUUAUCACAUCGAGAUUGCGAUACUUGAAUUGCAACGACCAUGCCGCGCACUUUGACGAAAAUGAAGAGCUUCUUCAAGCGGCCAAACUCAUCUACUCCCGUCGCUCCACCGCCGAUGCCUGCAAUAAUUGAGGUGCAAGCUCUUUCAGCUACUUCGUCUCAGCAACAGAUAUCCAAGGCGCCGCAGCAACCAACAGAGCCGGCGCAUGUGCAGAAGAUCACAGCUCAACAGAUUCGAGAGCUGCGAGAACUUAUUCGAUACCGAUAUAGCCUCGAUAUUGAGAUCUGGCGCCAAAGAGGGGUGAAAGAGUACAAGCGCGACAAGCUCAAAGAGAACAUGAUAAAAUCGGAUGCUGCUUUGGGAGUUAUACGCAACACAUUGCUCGAAUGGGACCGACGCGAGUUUUUCGCGACAGACAAGGAACAUCAGAAGUUCAUCGAGAUAAAGAAUCGUCUGCUGCAAGGAGUCAAAGCGAAUUGGGCGCAAUAUCCGCCGUGGGAGUUCGUCCACCAUGGAGGCGAGCCAUAUCAGGGUCCUUGGGAGAAGCACGGCCGACCCAUCAACAAGCCUCCGGCUGUUAUGAGCCAGGCUCGACGGGCUGAUAGCGUCCAGAGCGCAACGGCUGGCGGCCAACGGAUACCCCUCAGACCCUCAAACGGGGGCCUUCAGAGCAACGGUGUGUUGAGUGGUGCGCAGCACCCGAUCUCAGAAGACUUUAGACGCUUCGAAACGGCUCGACAAUCCAAGUACCGCGUACCUCCGCCUCCACCACCAUCGGAAAGAAUUCGCUCGCCAUCGAUGCGAACUCCAAUCCCUUCCGAUGGCAACGGGACUCCCAUUCUAGGGUUACCCGAACCGAAUAUUGGAUCGCGACGUACGAUAUGGGAUGCUGCUGAAGGCCGCGUGACCGGCCUCCAAUGGCAAAACGACCCAGUCGACUAUGAUAGACAGUGAAGGUAGGGGGACGCUGACCAGACUCAUUGUGGCGGACUGUUUCUUUGGGGUGGAUACCGUCUGUUUUACAAAAUUUCGUACCAUGGAUGUAUAGACUUCUCCUGCCGAUUCUUGCGAUCAUGUGGUUGGUUCCAUUGUUAGAGGUCGUGGCGUCUCUAGCUUAGUCCAGUAGUUUAUUUGAUAACAAGUAGUAAUGUCGCUGCUGUAUCCAGUUAUAUCAUUAUGCACACUGAUGAAGACCAGUGCCUAGACGAGCUGAUGGAAAUUCAUAUGUGCGUGAGAGUCCACAUGUU